GCGGGGGCGGGGCGCGGUGUCGGGCGGCGCCGGCCCAAAAGGCGGAGUCGCCAGGCGCAGGGGCCAGAGCUGUGCGCGCGGGGCUGACUUCGCGGCGCAGAGAGCCAGCGGGAACCCGGCCCGAGGAGCUCCCGUCCCCGUCCGGCCCGGCUUGGCCUCGCGCUAUGGAGUUCCUCUGGGCCCCUCUCUUGGGUCUGUGCUGCAGUCUGGCCGCUGCCGACCGCCACACCGUCUUCUGGAACAGUUCAAAUCCCAAGUUCCGGGAUGAAGACUACACAGUACAUGUACGAUUGAAUGACUACCUGGACAUUAUCUGUCCCCAUUAUGAGGAUGACACUGUGGCAGACACUGCCAUGGAGCGGUACACACUGUACCUGGUGGAGUAUGAGGAGUAUGCAGUGUGCCAGCCCCAAUCAAAAGACCAGGUCCGCUGGCGGUGCAACCAGCCCAGCGCCAAGCAUGGCCCAGAGAAGCUGUCUGAGAAGUUCCAGCGCUUCACACCUUUCACCCUGGGCAAGGAAUUCAAGGAAGGACAUAGCUACUACUACAUCUCCAAACCCAUCUCCCAUCAAGAAGACUACUGCUUGAAGUUGAAGGUGACUGUCGAUGGCAAGAUCACUCACAGUCCACAGGCCCAUGCCAAUCCACAAGAGAAGAGACUUCAGUCAGAUGACCCGGAAGUGCAGGUUCUACACAGCAUCGGUCACAGCGCUGCCCCCCGCCUCUUCCCACUUGCGUGGGUUGUGCUGCUCCUGCCAUUGCUGCUGCUGCAGACUCAGUGAAGAGUGUCCACCACUUUAAGAAAUGGAACUGGGCUAAGAGGCCAGGGACAGGCACCUGUCACUUGGCCUAGGGUGGGCCCCAAAGCUCCAACCCUGGGAACCACUCCCACUACAGGCACAAGCUGCCACCCAUCAGCCUCUGAAUGGGUCAGUAUUAAGGGUUUCCACCAUCCUGUGAAUGCCAUCCCUGCCUGCACUUUAAAGGGAUGGAGUGAGAAGUGGGGACAGUCCUUUCCCCACCGUUCCUGCCUUUAAACCAAAGACACAAGCUAUGCAGACAUGGCCCUUGAGAGGGCACAGUGGGAGCCAAGCUGGAAAGGAGAGGUCAAGCAGAUGGACACCGAGCCUGGUACUAGGUGGGACAAGAUGCCUCUCCCAGAGAAAGCCAGCGUGCCCGGAUGAACUGACUGAAGGAAAGGAGGGACAGUUUCCUGCACAGGAGCCAGGUACAGGAGAGGCAGCAUGCUUGGGCUGACCGAGCGUCUCACAGCAAGGCUUCCAUCGGAGGAGCUGCCAGGCACUGCAUCCUGUCUCCCCAUCCUGGGGCAGCACUCCAAAGAGCUGUGCCAGCAGGGGGGCUGUGCCAACCUGUUUAGAGUAGAGCCGUAAGGGCAGUGCCCUUGUGUACAGUCUGCCUAGAGCAUCGCCUAAAGGGCAGGGCCCUCAUGUACAGUGUCUGUUUAUAAACUUGUAGUGUGUCUGCAGAUUUCUACAACUGGAGGUUAUUUGUUUUUGUUUUUUUAUACAAUGUUCUUUGUCUCAAAAUAAAACAAUGUGUUUGUUUUU